AACUGUUGUUGGAUCAGCAAUGGCUGCUGCUGCUGCAGCACAUGCUGUAAAUCAUCAUUAUGGACAUUUAACAGCAAUGAAUCCAAUACAUCAUCAAAGUGCUGCAUUAUUUCGUUAUAUGUGCCAUAAUAAUAAUAAUAAUAAUAACAACAACAACAACAAUUCAUCAUCAACAUCAUCAUCACCGACAACUAUGACAACGAUAAUCAAUAAUAAUACUAAUAAUAAUAACAAUAAACAAGAAUUGAUUUGUUUAUGGAUUGAUCCUGAUCAGCUAUUGAAAAAACCAUGUAAUAAAACAUUUCAUUCAAUGCAUGAAAUUGUAUCACAUAUUAGUAUUGAACAUGUUGGUGGUCCUGAAUGUUCCAAUCAUACUUGUUUCUGGAUCGAUUGUCCAAGAAAUGGAAGACCAUUUAAAGCAAAAUAUAAAUUAGUCAAUCAUAUACGUGUACAUACUGGUGAAAAACCAUUUCCAUGUCCAUUUCCAGGAUGUGGUAAAGUAUUUGCACGUAGUGAAAAUCUUAAAAUACAUAAACGAACACAUACAGGUGAAAAACCAUUCAAAUGUGAAUAUGAUGGUUGUGAAAGACGUUUUGCAAAUAGUUCGGAUCGUAAAAAACAUUCACAUGUACAUACAAGCGAUAAACCAUAUAAUUGCAAGAUAAAAGGUUGUGAUAAAAGCUAUACACAUCCAAGUUCAUUACGUAAACAUAUGAAAGUACAUGAUAAUAAUAAUAAUAAACCACAAUCAUUAUCAUCAUCAUCAUCAUCAAUGUCACCAAUGUCACCAACAUCGUUAUUAAAUAAUAAUAAUAAUCAUAUGUCAAUAGAUAAUAAUAAUUUGGCUCGUAAUAAUAAUAAUAUUGAUCAACUAUCAUCAUCGAUAGCUAGUUCAAAUAAUGGUUCUGGAUAUGAAAGUGAUGGUGGUGGUGGUAAUGAUCAUCAUAUAAUAGCCAAUGCAUCAAGUCCACCAAUUAAUAAUAACAGUAAUAGUAGUACGGCAUCACAUAAUUAUCAACAACAACAAUCGCAACAUCAUAAUCAUAAUCGUUUACUUACAACAGCAACAUCAACAACAUCAUCAUCAUCAUCAUCAUACGGCAUUAACAUCACCAUUCCAUCAUCAUCCUCAUCAUCAUCAUCAUCAUCAUCAUCCGCAUCUAAAUGCUGCAAUCUCAUAUUGAUUCAGGAAAAACAACAACCAAUAACAACAACAACAACAAUAUUCUCUCACACACUCAAUUCGCUAAUAAAUAACAAAAAUUUUUUAUUCUUGAAUCAAACAACAACACAGAAAAUUGCUUAA